AUCACCCUUAUUCUUUGUGUGCAGAUCAUAACCCAUGUGUAUGCGAUAAUAGAAUGACUCUCUCUCUGUCUCCUCCAUCACUUGCUCAAUAUGGCCUCUUGUUAUUCUUUUAACCGUCCGAUAUGAAAGCAACUUUAUCAAACAGACCAAACAUGGUCCAAAAGGGGAGAUAUCCAAUUAUAACAUGUCUCUUGUAAAUGAAUAACAUAUAGACAGAACAGACUGACGUCUUUAUGGUCUGGUUGCCGAGCAACAAAUUAUGUCCAUAAAGAUUUUUUCUUCUAUUUUUGGAUAUUUCUUUUUUUUUCUGCAACUGUCAUGAAGAUCAAGAGAGUUCCUAUAAAGACUCUUCCUCCUCUUCCACCCGAACUGAAGAAUGUGAUUGAGCACUUGGAAAAAGAGGAUCAAAGCCAAAUUAGCCAUUGGACAAACGAGAUUGUAGAAUGGAAAUAUCCUCGCAGUGAUUUCUUUCAAUUUGUAGCUGUAUUAAAUCGCUUUGAUACAAUCUUGGAAAAUAUCUGUAAAGAAUACGAAUUAACUCAACAUGUACAAAAGAAGCACUUUGACGCGACGAUAAAGCAAACAUUACUCUCUAUUUUAAAUUUUACAAGAUUACUAUUUGAUCACUGCUCGAAUCGAAGCUUAUACAACUCUUAUGAACACCUGAAUUCGUUAUUAUAUACAACAGAUAUUGAUGUACUAGAGACAACACUAGCAUUAUUAAUCAAACCAGCACAACGGAUGAGCAAUCCGACCGCUGCUCACUCUAAUUUCUCGAUACAAAAGGAUAAAGUGAUUGCUGAACUAGCUAGGAGUGAUGAUAUAAUAUCAUCCAACGAUACACAACAAGAGAACAAACUAGUGAUGUCAUAUUACAAAGAAGAGGAUAUGGGAGAACUGGAAACGAUAGAGUAUACGAUCGUGCCAGAAAAAGAGGAUGACCUGGACCUCUUUUGGACAUUGGUUAAGAAGCAUCAAGUUCCAAGCGAGUAUCAUUUUGAAUUAUUGAAUAAAAUUAGAUUAACGAAUCAUAAGAAUAAUAAUAAUAUAACAAGACAAUUACUUAAGAUUCGUUUUAUGUCUAUUGUUAUCUUAGCUCAUACAAUGCCAGAGACAACAGUUCAAAAUAGACUCUACAUUUACGAACCCAACUUGAUACCUCAGAUCGCACAGCUUGUGUCUUAUGACAACCAUACUCCAAUAGAUGUCCAAACGUAUGCUCUAUAUGCGCUAGAUGCAAUUGCAAGGCAUAGAAAUAAACUGACAGAAGUGUUGAAUACUCUCAAUGCUGCUACAAAUCACAGUAUAUUGCUUCAUAUCCUGAGGCAAUUAUCUAAUGGCACAGUGUACUCUCCGUCAUUUCUGGAUGCAUUGUUUACUCUCCUUUCCUAUCUGACAGAUACAGCUAUAGGCAGUCAAAUGUUGUCCUCUGCUGGUAUGAUAACCACAUUGAUCCAUAUUAUUGACAGCGAUCGUGUUCAACCAAAUGUUCUUUCCAAAGCUGUAUCAUUGCUUCAUGUCGCAUUCGACAGUAUGGAUAACGCUUACCCCAGCUUUUUCAACUUUAAUGGCCUUGAGGCCUCCAUCAAGGCUCUUCAUACACAAACUAACAACUGCAUCAACGGAUCCGAACAUCACCAAGAUUCUAUCAACCUUGUCAAGGGCAUUCUUCGACUCAUCAUUCGCAUGAUCCGAACAAACGACGCAGGAACCACUCUACGCAACCUAAUGGAAACGAGCGUACCGGACGUGCUAAAGAAGAUUAUGGAGCAUCAGACACUGUUUGGAUCCAGUAUCUUUGGACUCGCCAUGUCUCUAUACUCAAGCUACGUGCACACCGAACCAACAUCACUCAGCGUGCUUCUUGAAGUCCAAGUGCCGCAGAUAUUUUUGAAAACGAUCAAGGCAUACAACGGGCACUGUGACGCUGCCUUGCUGUUGAGCAUUCUCAGUGUCUUUGAAGCGACCUGUUUGAACAAACAGGGACUCGAGUUAUUUAAAGAUGAGAACCCGCUUCCUUACUUCUUUGACUUGAUCUGUUCUUCACAGUUUCUGGCUAAUCCCAUGGAAGUGUCACAGAGUGACAAUGUAGGCAACACAGCAGCAGAGCUGGCGCGACACGAACCUUCACUACAAGGCCAAAUGUUUCAAUGUAUUCAUAGUAUGCUACAGCGUGUGAUUCGUCUGGGAGAGUCAGAGGAAGGUAAGCCGGAGGACGAUAGUCAUCAGUUGGCUUGGAAGGCAGUGCCAGAGCGGAACACGGUCCAUAAAGCAGAGUGUCGUCUGUUGGCUAUGAUUGAAAUGGUGGCAAGGUUCUUGGAAGGCUUCUUGGAAACUGAUAAUGUCAAGGAAUUUAUCGAGUAUAAUGGCCAUGAGAUUCUCUUGCGUUAUUAUUCCCUGCCCAUGCUUCCAUUUGACUAUUAUCUAAGUAAUGCAUUUGGUGCUCUUUCAGAUGUCUUCAAGAUGCUGGCCAAUGAAGAUGUGGUCAAGAUUGUUGGGGCAAUUGAAAAAGCAUUAAGAAAAGAAGCAGAUCGUAUCGUUCAAUCCAAGCCAACACAAAAGAGUUCUGUAGUUGAUUUUAUUUAUGUGGAUGGCACGGAUCAUCAGUUACUUGAAAAAGGAAACAGCGUGUUUCGUAGGUUUAGCUUUUUAGUGGGACACGUCGGGUUAUUAUCAAGUAUUCUCUCUUUGUUUGUUCUCAGAAAAGAAGACAUUUGUGAAGAUUUGAUAGUAUGGAUAUGUAAAAGGAUGAUGGAAAAUCCAAAAGAAGAAAGCCUUUUGCAGUUCUUGGGUCGUGUUCACAGAUACUUAAUCUGGGAAACCAUUCUUUUAAGAAACGCUGUACCCAAAUCAUGGCAUUCAAAAGAAAUAAAGUUCAACAGUGACGGAACGACAGAAGAAAUUGAACACUCCGACUUGACAGAUCCCAAGGUCGUUAACACAAGAAGACUAGCAGAAGUUCUAGGCGGGGUGAGUCCGGUGAUUAUGCCGCUCUUUCAGAGCUUCAUCCAAUUGGAGCCUAUUGAAGUUCUCCGCUUAGAAGAGCGACGUCGAUUGAUCUUUAUCGCACAAGAUGUGGCUAAGGUUCUAUUAGAUAAUUUUAAAUGGAUUCAAGAUGGCCCUGAGUAUUGGUACGAGUAUAUUUCUGCUAUGGCUGUUCUAUUCUCUAUGCUCAUACUUGACGAUAAGGGCGAGCGUCGUCUGAUCGCUCCAGUCGCAGUUUGGUUUGGUCUGAUGGGUGGAAUACGAUGGAUGAUUGAUCAUCUUAUUGAACCUCUUUGGUACAAGGUGGAAAAGCAAGGAAACAAAAGCGAAGGUGGAGUCAAUCGAGCCGACUUGUGUCUCGAGUUAUUGCUGCCUGCCCUUCAUCAUCUCUCUGCGGUUAACAUCUAUAAUGAUGUAGCGCUAAAGGAACUAGCACGAGACGAGCCUGAACUUUUACUAGUCUACCCAGAAAAUUGGAUCGCUUUUCUUCGCUCGGAAACAUUUAGACUCUAUCGCUUUCUCGAGCGUCCCUCGCAUCAAAAGUUUCCUCAUUUUAUUCUUCGUGCUUUGCUCAGCUGUAUCAAGCAAUGUCUGAUCACUAAGGGUGAAUGCAAGCUAGAUAUCGAUAUAGAAUCUGCAGAAGCUAAACGAGCACUGGAAGAAGGAGGGUUAUCAGAUAAGCAAUUGGAGCGAAUAAGGCAGCUUAUGGAAAAGAUACUAAACCCACAUGCAAAGAAAAGCGAAGAGGAUGUACCAGAGGAUGAUCAGGAUGAAAACUAUGAGGACAUACCAGAUGACGAUAUUGGUCUUUCGGAUGUAGAAGCAGCAGUGGCCGUUCUGACAAGCACCCGUAACAAGGCACGCGAGCAUCUUCCGGAAAUUCUGACUCAACUUGUGCAUGAGCGAAAUGAUGUUGAUCUUGUUGUUCGCGAUGUCUUGGUUAUCCUCGCAAGCGAAGAUCCAGAGCAAACUGUACAAAUGAUGGCACAGUUCUUCCGUGAUAUCAAUAAGGACAGCAUAGACAAGCGUACUUUGUUUGAGUCAUGUGUGAACCGUGUACGCGUAUUUGCACUUAUGCUAAGAGAACCUGCCGUUCAAGGCUUUGCGUCUCAGUGGGUUUCUGCUAUCUCUAGCUUUAUAGGAUGGUCUGAGUUCUUGGAUAUGGUGAUAAAUACACCAGAAUUUCCGAAUCCCAAGUGGCUGACAACACUCUUUUUGAUUUUGGAAACUUAUUUAGCCCAAAAGGAAGAUAGCCCAGACGAAAACAGCACAUUGGUCCUUGAGCACCAUGAAGCGACUCGCUUGCUAUCUUACUGUAUUCAAUUGCUAAAGCUUGAUACUCUUUCUGAAGAUAAUUUACUGGCAACUCUGCGUAUCUUGAUUCGACUUACAAAGCAUCGAAGCAUGGCGCAAGAAUUUUUGACACAUGGGGAUGGGUUAGAAGCACUCUUGGCACGACCCAAACGUCGAUUUGAGAGCCACUUCAAAGUACAACAGGCCUAUGUCAUCAUCAUCCUCCGUCAUCUGAUUGAAACAGAGCAAGUGGUGAUUGAAUGCAUGCGAGAGUGGAUGAUUGCUUAUGCAAAUGAGCACCCCAACCAAAGGACGAGUGUAGACAAGUUUGCCAAACGUGGACAAGCUGCUUUCUUGAGAUCUCCGUCAUGCUUUUUUAAGCUGGUUAAACAAAUGUACCGUUGCGGCAUAAACUAUGGAAAUUCAUCCGUCCGCUUUGUUGGAAGUACUUCAGGAGAAGGUCAUCUAGUUACGAUUGAUGAAUCAAGAAAGGUGAUUCACUUCUUAUUGAAGGAACUGGUUAAAGCACAGGCCACAAAGGAAGAAAGCAACUGGAAGCUUGGAUAUACUGGAUACUUAGUCGAAUGCUUACUAGAACUGGUGUCAUCUUAUCCAAGCUGUAAACAAGAUAUGAUUUCAUUUCAAGUUCCCAAAGAUAUUGAAUUUCAUUAUACACCAGACAUGGUGCCUUAUUCAGAUCGGUCUAUCGUGUAUGUGCUCUUGAACAUUUUGGUACCGUACGGUGCAAUGAAUGCACGAACAGACCUCGAGCGUAAGAAGAAAGGUAUUUACAUAUGGACAACCGGGCUCCUCGUUGCAAUGUGUUAUGAUACGAUGCAUGCUAGUAAUACAAGAGAACAUGAAGAGCGUCAAGAAGGCGACGAUGACGAGAAUCUUGAGCAAGAGAACGAAGAGCAGCCUCAUGCUGCAGAAGAAAUACAACAAGUGGGACAAGGGAGCACGGAACACCAAGAUAUUGUAUCGACCAAACGAGAGGACGUACUUGCUCAUGUCCGAAGCCAUGUUUUGCAAACCAUUGCUGGGUGCUUUGAAUACUAUACCGUUACCUCAGCAAAACGAAGUAGCAAAAAAUAUCUUAAAUACUACUCGUUAUCUGAACUUUGUCACCAUAUCUUAAAUGCUCGGCCUGCUGCCAUCAAUCCAGAUUAUAUUCCACCGGCAAGUAAUAAGGAUGCGAAUGUUGUGGCUUUAUCAAAGUUGAUGCUAGAGAACAACUUUGUUCCACUUUUAGUGAACGCGAUUCAGGACGUAGACGUCAAUUAUCCACAUGCUAAGACGAUCCUGAACGCUCUUCUCCGUCCUUUGGAAAGAUUAACCAAGACAGCAACCCGGUUACCCCCAGAUGCUGUGCAUAUACCAGAAAUAGAACAAGAAGGAAAUGUGACGAAUGAAGAAGAUGAAGAAGAUCAAGAAGAUGAUUAUAGAACUUUCAGACGCAGCGAGUCUCCUGUGGAAGAAGUUGACGAAAUCUACAGAAACUCUUCGUUAGCUAUGCUUGAUAGUACUGUUGUUGAAGAUGAAGAAGAUAUGGAAGGCAGCACAGAUGAGAGUAGUGAGGCUGAAGAUGUUGAAAUGGCUAGCUCUGGAGAAGAGGUUAUAGAAAUUGUCGAAGAAGCAGAUGAUGAAAGUUCUGAUAACGAAACUAUGCCCGAUGAUCAAGAAGAAGAAGACGAAGAGGAUCGAGAAAUGGAUGAAUUGAUGCGAAGCCAUCGACACCAUCUUCCAGAUACUGAUGAAGAAGUGGAUGAUGAUAUUGAGGAAUCAUUGCAUGAAGACGAGGAUGAUUCAGUCGAGUCCUAUGAUCCAGAUGACGACUCUGAUCUUAUGGGAUCUGAUGUUAGUGAUGAUGUCGAGUCAGAAGAUGAUAGAGAUUGGCGUUUGACGACCAAUGAAGUUCCUAGAGAUCGAUCUGUUACGAAUGAUCGUCAAGUGGGUGAAGGUCAAGAUACAGAAGAUAUUCAAUCCGAAGCAGGAGUGCAAUCAUAUGACUUUUCUUUAAGAAGACGCUAUGCUGGUGGCUUUAGAAGUAGAGUAACAAUCAACACUCAAAACAAUUUGUUUGAUAUGCCUGCUGUAACAAUGGCGUUUACUGCAGAAAAUGAAGCACGACUUCGUCCAGAGUAUUCAUCAGAAAAGGAUGAUAUUAUCUUACACCCUCUUCUACGAGGAACCAAUCAACAGACUAUAAAUGGAUUAAAAGAAGUGUUUGAACGAGAUCGAUCCUUAUCCAACCUUCAGCCUUAUGAGGAUAUUAUUGGCCAUGGCCCACUCUUUAUGCUUAAAUCCAUUGUAGCAUCACAGGCUCAACAGCAAAAGGAUUACGAAGAAGAUAGAGCCUUGGAGAUUGGCCCAACCUUCCAGUUUACAGCCGAUGAUAACGCCCCUAGUAUCUCUGAGCUCUCAAAAGAUAAGGAUGACAAGUAUGUAUUGCGUCUCCUACUAGGAUUCACGCCUAUGCCAACUAUAGACCGUUGGACUCAGGUGGCUCAAAUGGUCUUUAUUCCUUCCAUUAUUGCACAAAAGACAGUAGAGCUGGCAGAUCGUCUGACUACGGUUCUUUUAGCUGAUAAUCAAGAAUCAAAGGCAGAAGAGUAUGCAGAAGAAACGUUUUGGUCACCUGACAGGGAACAAGAAGAUCAGGAAGAACACGAAGAGCAAGAGGAACAAGAAGAACACGAAGAGCAAGAAGAGCAAGAAGAGCAAGAAGAGCAAGAAGAGCAAGAAGAGCAAGAAGAGCAAGAAGAGCAUGAAGAAGAUGGCGUACGCUUGGUCAUUCGUGGGGAAGAAUUCGAUUUGACAGGAACUGGGCUUGACGCAGAGUUUUUAGAGGCGCUUCCAGAAGAUCUUCGUGCAGAGAUUAUUAGCGCACAAAUGGAAGGAAAUGCACCCAUCAUUGAGGUAGCUGCUGACGAUGGUCUUGAUCCCGAAUUUCUUGCUGCUCUGCCUGAUGAUAUCCGUGAAGAAUUACUGAGAGAACAAGAGGAAAUAAAUAGAAGAAGACGAAGCUCAAGCUCUCCAGAGCCUCAAGAGGAAGAACAGGAACAGGGAGAGUAUGAAGAAGUAGCUGAUACUUCUAGCGAGCAAGCAGAGGAGCAUACUGAUAUUAACCCAUCUUCUGACAAUCAGAAUGCCCAACCGUCGUCUCCCCUGGGUGCUCGACUCUCUAGUACCAUACGUAUUGUUGAUCGAUACCAACUGGCCGUAUUGACGCGAUUACUCUUUGUACCACAAUCGAUUGUGAAGGCUCUACUUAAUCGAUUGUUACUCAAUCUUUGUGAAAACCGUAAAGUCAGUGCGGAUCUCAUGUCAUUGUUGCUAUGUGUUCUUCAAGAUGAGUGCUCUGAUUUGGCAGCUGUCGAUCAUAGUUUUGCUCGUUUGCUUCAUCAGUCAAAUGAACCAAGCGAUCAUGAAAAGAAAAAGAAAAGCAGUGGAAGCAAGACACCCAACUUGAUCUCACAAAGAUGCUUAGAAAUUCUUUACUAUGUGAUUACAUGGAAUUGGCGCUCACUUCGCUAUUUUUUGUCAGAAAACGAAAGCUUUGGACAGAUGGAGAAUGGUAAAUACAAGUACCCAUUUUUGGUGUUGAUCGAUCUUCUCAGACGACCUACAUUUACAAAUAACACCAAGUUAAUGGAACAGCUUAUGGAAGUACUAGCAAAGAUAUGUCGCCCCAUUCGAUCCUUAGCCAAGAAUCAAAAGGAAAAAGCAGAGUCACAGCCAGAGACUGCUAUGAUGCAUCGUGACAUUUUGAUUCCAUUGAUACCUACUGAACAUAUUGAACGCGUUGUGCGUGUUCUCACUAUAAACGAAUGCUCAAGUCGCACGUUCCGAUUUACUCUCAGUAUCUUGUCAAACUUUGCUCAUCUUGAAGGUGUCUAUGAUCAAAUAGUUGAUAGUCUAAAGCUGGUUGCAAAGCAAUCUGGGGAACAAAUUUACAAGGACCUCAACAUAUUGCUCUCUAUAUUGCAAAAGCUGAAUACUGGAAGAGAACUAGAAACAUCGGCAUUAAAGCAAUUCUCGAUCGCAACAUCGCAUCAAAUGAAACUGUUGCGUAUCUUGAACUCUAUGUACUUCCUCUACAACCGUAAGCAUAGUAGUGAAGAUCAGGAAAGCACUAGCAAAGUGUCUGCUUCUGAUCUUUAUAAAGAACUUGAUUUCACUUCUCUUUGGGAUAUGCUCAGCUCUUGUCUAAGAGCUAUCCACAACAAGGAGGAAUUGAUGGACGCAGUCACUGUCCUACUACCUUUGGUCGAAUGCUUCAUGGUCAUCUCCAAGGAAUAUAUCACAAGGGAAACGAUAACCAAGGAAAAAGAGCGUUUUAUUGCAUUUACUGAAGAGCACAAGAAAAUACUCAACGCAAUGAUUCGCAAUAGCCCACUUCUUCUGAAUGGGCCUUUCUCUUGCUUGAUCCAUGUCCCGAAAAUUCUGGAGUUUGACAAUAAGCGAGCCUUCUUUAGUGAGGCAUUACAUAAAGCCUCUUCCUCUCGUGAGCGCUUUCCGCCUCUUCAGCUCAGUAUACGACGAGACCACAUCUUUGAAGAUACCUAUCAUCAACUACAAGAUCGUACAGGCGAUGAAAUAAGAUAUGGAAAACUCAAGGUUUAUUUCCAGGAUGAAGAAGGUGUCGAUGAAGGCGGCGUAUCUCGUGAGUGGUUUUCUGCUCUUGCUGGUCAAAUGUUUGAUCCCAACUAUGCCCUGUUUAUCACUUCAGCCGCAGACAGAUUAACCUACCAACCCAACCGUGCCUCUGGCGUAAACCCAGAGCAUCUGUCCUAUUUCAAGUUUGUCGGAAGAGUGAUUGGUAAAGCCAUACACGACGGGCGUGUAUUGGACGCCUAUUUUACGCGUUCAUUCUAUAAGCUCAUCUUGGGACGACCAGUAGACUGUAAAGAUCUGGAAACUGUAGACCCCGAGUAUUACAAGAGCUUGGUGUGGAUGUUGGAUAACGAUAUUACCAACGUGAUUGACUUGACCUUUAGUGUUGAAACGGAUGAUUUUGGCACAUGCAAAAUUGUAGACCUUAUACCUAAUGGCAGAAAUAUAGCUGUAACAGAAGUUAAUAAGCAUAAAUAUGUCAAUUUGAUCGCACAGCAAAAAUUGGUAUUGGCGAUCAAGCCGCAAGUAGACGCGUUCCUCGAAGGCUUUUAUGAAAUUAUUCCGGCUAAUCUCAUACAGAUAUUUAAUGAACAAGAACUCGAGUUGCUUAUCUCUGGUCUUCCUGAUAUUGAUAUAGAUGACUGGAAAGCAAACACGGCUUACGAGGGAUAUACGAUACAAUCGCCUCAGAUUCAAUGGUUCUGGCGUGCUGUAAGGUCGUUUGAUCAAGAAGAAAGAGCCAAGUUGUUACAAUUUGCUACAGGCACUUCUAAAGUGCCCUUGGGUGGAUUUUCAGCCCUACAAGGCUCAAAUGGUGUUCAAAGGUUUCAGAUACAUAAAGAGUUUGGUGAUACAAAUCGUUUACCCUCUGCUCACACUUGUUUUAACCAAAUAGACCUUCCUCAAUACAAGACUUAUGAAGACCUUCGCCGAAAUUUAUUCAAAGCUAUCAGUGAAUGCUCUACAGGCUUUGGUUUUGUAUAAAAAAAAGAAAUUGUAAAGAAAUAAAGUUUGACAUUGUUCUUUGUUACAUUCAAUGUAACUCCCAACUAUGUUCACUGCUUAUGGUAAAGGAGGUUUAAAAACCGGAGAAGGACUAGAAAGUGUUUGGCAUGUUUCACAGUUACAGACAAAAUAAAUGUAGCUUCCAGGUCUCGAGCUUAUGACUACCAAGUAUGAGUAAUGGG